UUGAAGGCGAACAGUCAAAUCCCGAGACGACAAUGGUGUCAGCCUCACCGAUCAUCCAUCACCACUACACCACCCAACAAGACAAUUCUGCUUUCCCCACAAGUGUUGUCUUGAAUGAAUCCAACUACACCAUAUGGGCUCCUCUUAUGCGAAUGCGCAUUGGAGCACGAGGGAAGGUUGGUUAUCUGACCGGAGUAAAGGCUGAACCCGCCAUGAAUUCUGCAGAGUAUGAAGCUUGGGCCACAGACAAUGAAAAGGUGAAAAGUUGGCUCAUUGACUCCAUGGAAUCCUCUCUCAUGAACCGGUAUAUUCGUCUUCCUACUGCAAAAGAUAUUUGGGAAGCUGUAGAGAAAACCUUUUAUGAUGAUUCUGAUGAAACCCGAAUCUUUGAGUUGAACAAAAAGUGUUUUGAAGCAAAACAGAAUGGAAGGCCAAUCCCGACCUACUACAAUGAGUUAGUGGCAAUGUUCCAGGAGAUUGAUCAAAGGGCGGCCUCUCAACAUGAUAAUGUUGCAGCUGUCGUUCAAGAAACUUCAGCCAUGUCCCGGAUGCGUGUUCACAUGUUUUUGAGUGGACUUGACCAAGAGUAUGAUCAGGUGCGUGGAGAAAUCCUGCGCAAGGAGCCUAAAUUCUCCUUGGAGCAGAGCUAUGCUUACAUUCGCAAGGUGCAAUCAGAGAAACAAGCUAUGGGGCGUUCUGUGCAAACUGAAUCUUCUGUGAUGGCUGUUCAACGCCGACCCGGUCCUCCUCCAGGCUUCUCAGGUCCUUCUCCACGCCGUCCUCACGACAAACCAAACCCAUACGCAAACAAAAAAUGUGUUGUCUGUGGGGAAUUAGGUCAUACCAAGGAGCGGUGCUAUGAAGUGAUUGGCUACCCUGAUUGGUGGGACUUCACCAGGAAACCGCGAAAGAAUCCGGGCAAGGCGGCUAUUGCUACUACAGAGGAAGAGCAUCUAGACAAUGCCUCCGCUAAUGUAGCACAGUCAGGACAUUCUGACUCGGCGGAUUCUUGGUUAUGGUGUUAGAAGGGGAAAAUUAUACUACCUGGAUCUGACAGAGUCUGGAGAAAAACAGAAGCAUCUUUUGGGGCAAGCUAAUCAGAUUAAUGGGGUAGAGCAUGCAAAGGAAGCUGUAUGGUUAUGGCAUCGCCGUUUAGGUCAUCUAUCUUUUAGUUAUCUUAAGAAACUGCAGCCUCAUUUGUUUUCGGUUGUCAGUGAUUUAGAUUUCCAUUGUGACAUUUGUGAACUGGCCAAGAGCCACCGUAUUUCAUAUUCACCAAGUCUUAAUAAAAGUCCCGUUCCUUUUAUGAAAAUCCACUCUGAUGUCUGGGGGCCUGCAAAGAUUCCCUCUCUUUCUGGAGCUCGAUAUUAUGUCACAUUUAUUGAUGAUUGUACUCGCAUGACGUGGGUGUCAUUACUGAAGAAUAAGAGUGAAGUAUUUGGGUUGUUUACUGAUUUUCACAAAAUGGUGACUACUCAGUAUCAACAAUCUAUUAGAGUGUUUCAAUCUGACAAUGGUGGAGAGUUUGUGAAUGGCCCUAUGUUUGAAUUUUGCCGGUCACAGGGGAUUCGUCAUCAAACCUCCAACUCUUAUACUCCUCAACAGAAUGG